CCUCCCAGAUCUGACAAAACCUCCCAACCCCACAUGUUCAGCCUGUGUACUCGUUUCAAUUACGUAAUAUUUUAUAAUAUUAAGUAAUAUUUGAUUCCUUUCAUCUACCCACACAUUUUAAGACAACAAUGUUUAAAUUUUAUAAACUAGUGAGUUAUCUACUAGGGGAAUUUAACCCCUUAAUUUAUGUAAACACUUUAUUACUCUUCUGAACUAUUAGCACACAUAAGAUCUGGCAAACCUUCCUUUGUUCAUUUCUCCUUAAUGUUUUUUUUUUGACUUACAUUUAUUAUUCAAUUACACUGUAACCCGGUCUUGGACCAUGGCCGACAUUCUGUGAUUAGUGGUAAGGCAGGAACUAAUCAUUUCAAUGCCAGGGCAUAGCAAAAAUACAAAAUCGAAACACAUUUGGAACUCUCUGAGGUCUAUCUUGUGGGUGGGGGUUGAGACACAGAGACAGCAGGAAAAGGAGAGCAGCUGGGAGGGUAAUGACUUUUGCACACUUUUAGAUGUUCCACUAUGUCCUUGUGUGCUGUUUUUGUUAUUCAGAUGCUGAUAAACUAUGCUGUUUCUUGUAAUAGGCUGAAUGCUUCUCUUUUUCCCUAACCUUCAAAAUACCCUUAUGCUAUCACACUAUAAGAUGUGGCAAGUUUGUGGCUUGAACUUCAAAACAGAACAACUUCUCGUUCUACAUUCCCAUGUCUUAACUCUUCUGACCACAUGUAGCUUGGCUGCCUUAGAAUUUGCAGCUCCAGGAGCUCUCUGAAGGCCAGUCUGAUCCUACAUGCUAGUCCUCUUGACUAAAACUAUGUAAAGCAGUGAACACAGUUUUAGCACUGAAUAGAGACUAUUCCCCAUAGAUAGAAUGAUCCAUCCAGUCCUGAUGAGAUAAGUGAGUAUUUGUCCUUCUCACUUUCCCACUCAGCUCACUAACAUUCAGAGCAUUGAAGCACUGUUUCAACCUCCAGUCAGCUAUGAUAGGCUUUACAGACUGAGACAUUCUUGAUUAUAUAAAUAUAAACUUUUACGGGACCAAUAUACAGUACAUCCAUUCAUACAAAUAAAUUAAAGCAUACUGCAGAACAACAACAUGAAAAGGGAUCAAAUAAAAGAACUCAAUAACAAGCAGAGUUUUGGUGGUGUGAAUAGGUUUUAAAUUGUAUUACUGUCUAAAGGGUUGCACAUAUGAGGUAUAAAGUAUCCUGAUUGGUGGCUAGGAUUUGUAUUUCCCUGAAUCACCUUUUGUCUACAUUUACUCAGUGCCUUAAGACUGUAUUUCCUUACAACAUUUUUUCUAUGGUUUUUUCCCCAUGCCAGUAAAUGCAGGCCUAAGUAUUUAAAAAAUAAUUGACAGCUAAACACUAUAAUUAAAUUUGCAUCAAGAGAUUUUUAGCUGUCCUUCAAAAUAUACAUUUGGCGUAAUUGUUCUUUUCAGUCUGGUUUGUUUUUCCAUUAGAUUCUUCCACUUCCUCGUUACAUCACAAUUUCUAAUAGUCUAUGGCAGAAAAAAAGUACUGCGCUUAUUAUCCAGUGCAUUUUUACUGUAAAGGAUGAAAAAUGCAGAAUGAGACAACAUGAAAUUUUACUUCCUCCUAGAGUGUCUAUGAUUCCUGCUAUACAACUAUCAGAGAUACUGUAUAGAUAAAGAUAUCUCAUUAUGACAUUUUGCCAUUAUCACUGCCGGGAUUGUCUUCCAAAGUUUGCUCAUCCAAGUUCAUGAUUGUCCUGUCUAAGUAAAUAUUAACCCUUUCCUGUAUACAUAAGCACUUAUGCUUAUUUAGGUAAUGGCUAAUAGAUCUUGAAACCUCAUGUGAGCUGCUUAUAGCUUAUUGCUGGAUGUGUUAUGCUCAUCAUGGGAUUAAAUUAUGAUGUUCUUAGUCCUUGGUCUUCGGGGCACAUGCAACAUCCAAGCAAACUGGAAAGAAAAAUGGGAAGGUUGGGGUUCUUCUCUCAGAAUAUAAUUUGAAAAUGUGUUUAGGAUUUGAACACCUGCAAUGUAUCUUCCAGAUUGUUAUGCAUAGUCUUUUGUUUUAUGGGAACAUUUACACAUUUUUUUAAUUUAACCUUUAAUCUAGCACAACAUUAGUGCGUGCCUCGCCCAUCAUGUUUAUUUCUUUAUGAUUGUUACACGUUGCUAGUCAGGUGGUUCUGAGAAAAAGCUUUUUUACUAUUGGCAUUACAGUCAGUAACUGAGACACAAUUGUUGUGUCAGUCCUAGCUAUAACUAAGGUUAAUUUUUUUUACUGAUCUGAAGAAAUAAGGUUAGCCUAUCUUUUAACAAAUGUUACUUGAUGAUUGUGGCUUUGCAAGACUUUUUGAGAGUCGGUUCACGCAAAUACUUAAAACAGGAUAAACUUAGAGAUGCACUAUAUGGCCAAAAGUUUGAAGACAACUGAUCAUCACACCCAUACGGUAUGGCGGCCUUGCCAAAAACUGUUAACACAAAGUUGGAAGCACACAAUUGUAUUGGAUGUGUUUGUAUGCUGUAGCAUUACAGUUUCCCUUUACUGGAACUAAGAAGCCCAAACCUGUUCCACUAAUACAACAUCCCUGUACACAAACUGAGCUCCAUGAAGACAUGGUUUGCCAAGAUCGGAGCGGAAGAACUCGAGAGGCCUGCACAGAGCCCUGACCUCAACCCCACUGAACACGUUUGGGAUGACCUGGAAUGCUGACUGUGCACCCAGGCCUCCUCACCCGACAUCAGUGCCUGACCUUACUAAUGCUCUUGUGGCUGAAUGAACACAAAUCCCCACAGCCACGCUCCAAAUUCUAGUGGAAAGCCUUCCCAGAAGAGUGGAGGUUAUUAUAACAGCAAGUGUAGGGGGUUGGGAGGGGACGGUAUCUGGAAUGGGAUGUUCAAAAAGCACAUAUGGGUGUGAUGAUCAGGUGUUCGCAAACUUUCAAACUUUUAGCUAUAUAGUGUAUGUUAGUGAUAGUCACUUUUCUAUCGAGUUAGCUGAAAUGCAGAAUGCAGAAUGUACAAAUUGCGUGAAUGUGUGUUGCUGAAGCUGUUGUAUGAAAAUAAAUGUAACAUGUGCAUUCAAAGAAUAAUAAUAAUAAGCAGAAGAAGCAAGGGAAACAUUACAGAAAGUUUCCCACCUCGCUUAAACAUUACCUGGUUUUUAUAACUGAUUAAAACUGAUUGCUCUGCUCCAUUGUUCCUGGUCUUGUGAUAUAGCCUAGUGUUGAGGUCUUUUAUUUAACUCACGUACAGUACAUGCUCCUUUUUUCAAUGACUCUGUGGGCGGGGCCACAGAACACACACACACACACACACACACACACACAUGGGCGCGCGCACUCUGUCGUUACGGUCAAUUCUUUCACUUCACACACCCUGAAUGGACACCUUCACCACUCAUGCGGACUAAAAAAGCUACAAGAUGAGCACACCACUUCCCUUCUUAAUAAACAUUUCCAGUCCUUUCCCGGUAUCACUGGAUUCUGAGGAGGCCAAUAAAAGCUGCCGCUUCGAUGAAGAGUUCAAAUACAUCCUGCUGCCUGUAUCAUACACAAUAGUGUGUGUGCUGGGCUUGGUGCUCAACUCCGUGGCUCUGUGGAUGUUCCUGACUAAGAUGCGUCCCUGGAACGCUAGCACAGUGUACAUGUUUCAUUUGGCACUGUCAGACAUUCUGUAUGUGCUAUCUCUUCCCAUGCUCAUCUACUACUACGCCAAUCGCAACCACUGGCCCUUUGGUGUAGCCCUGUGCAAAGCGGUGCGCUUCCUGUUCUAUGCCAACCUAUACUGCAGCAUCCUCUUCCUCACGUGUAUCAGUGUGCAUCGCUACUUGGGCAUCUGCCACCCGAUCCGCUCGCUCAGACUGGCCAAGCCGCGCUAUGCGCAGCUGGUGUGUGGUCUGGUGUGGGCGGCCGUGACCGCGUGCUUGAUUCCCAACCUAGUCUUUGUCACCACUACACAGCGGGAUAAUGACACAUUGUGUCACGACACAAGUAGUCCUUCUGAUUUUGAAAAUUAUGUCACCUACAGCUCGGUUGUGAUGACACUGCUCUUCGGCGUGCCCUUCGUUAUCAUCAUGGUGUGUUACUGCCUAAUGGCACGGGCUCUCUGUCGCCCCAGACAAAUUUCUGCCAGUCAGAGGGGCAAGUCGAGGAAGAAGUCCAUUAAACUCAUCAUUAUAGUGCUGGUUGUGUUUGCUGUUAGCUUUGUCCCUUUCCACAUCACACGCACACUCUACUAUACGUACCGUGUUCUGGAGGCUGACUGCUGGAUCCUCAACAUUGUCAACUUCACAUACAAAGUCACACGGCCACUGGCCAGCUCCAACAGCUGCCUGGACCCCAUCCUCUACUUCCUAGCGGGGGAUCACUACCGCUCCAGACUUAUCCGAGUAUUCGCUAAGAGGCAAACGGCUGGCAAUUUGCAGUCCCCUCCAGACAAAAAUAAUGACCUUGCUUUGGUUUACAAAAAGCCUGCCGUGGAAGCAAAUAAUGAUUGUCCACACUAGAGCUGUGUGUGUGUCAUCCCAAAGCAACGUAAUUUCAACCCAAAGGAAUGUAAUGCCUCAGAGUUACUUUCUGAAUUACAACCAGGGUGAAGGAUGGUUUUGUUUCUGUCUGCAAAAUGUCACUGCAUGGCACAUCCUAUAUGGAGGCAGAGGAGAAGUUCUUUAUGGCCAUUGCCAUGAGACUCCACAUGUUCACCAUCUUCUGAAGACAAACACAUCAGUGCUACUCGCAAGAUGUAAACAUUAACAUAAUGUUGCCAUUUAAAGUAAUUCACUUUUGGAAUACACUCCAUAUCUAAUAACCUUCCAAUCUCAUGAAGGUUGUUAUUCAAGUGCUGAGAUACUCUUUCAGCCUCUCAGGCAUCUUUCUAGUUUUCAGUUCUGCUUCAUUUGCUGCCUGGUUGUCAUUGUUGUUAAAACUGCAGUUAGAAAAUAAUAUAGCACUGCAAUAUAAUAUGACAAUUAAGUGUACAAGGUGAACUAUAGACUCUUGGUAUUACCUCAGAGGAAUGCAGACACAUACAAUGCUAUAGAGUGGACUAUUGCUCUUUAAAGGACAUAAAGGGUUUGAGUUUCUGGCAACUCUGUGACACAGCUGUUUUUAUCCUUCAGUGUAGGAGUGUGUGUGUAUGUGUGUGUGUGUGUGUGUGUGAGGACCGAAUGUCCCCAUAAUUAUUGUAAUAUGUGAAAAUUUGAAGACUGUGAGAACAUUUGCUUAGUCCUCACACUUUUUUUUAACUAGGUCAAGGAUAGGGCUAGUGUGCAGGCAGGGGUUUUUCCUCAUCUUUGGGGCUCUAAGCGACAUCCUGCUUGGGCCACCUGGUGGCUCAGAGGCCAUAAGUGACGGCUUAUACCACGUAUACAGCUAGAAAUGACCCAGGAUAUAGGCAGUGGAUGUCCAUGGUAGUACCUCACAAAGACAAAAAUAUGUACAGUGUGUGUGAGCACUCUCAGUAAUAACGGUACCAAAAUUUAUUUUUCAUAUUUUAAUACAGACAUACACACAAUCAAACAAACACACACACACAGAAAUAAAGGAAUAAAUGUACCUUUCCUUGUCAUUGCAGUGGGAGCAUCAAGGAUACAUCUUCUGUACAUUUAGUAUAUAUCUUUGUGAAUAUAGUAUAGCUUGUGUUAAAAUUAUUUAUGGUACAUAACUGGACUGUACAGACCACUGAUGUAACUUUAAAGCUUUAUUCUAUAAGGUAAUUAAAGUUACACAACAUGCACCUUCCCAUACGCAAGGAACAAAAUGUGUACCUUCGAUGGUGUAUGUGUGAGUGCGUGCGUGUGUGUGUGUGUGUGCGUGUGUUAAAAUAUGACAAAUAUCCUUUAUUAUUAGAUAUUGCUGUGAUUAUGCACUGUAUUUAAUGUGGUCAGUCUUUUAUUUUAUAAAUGUCACGAAAAGUACCUUAAAUAAUGUGAAAUCUGGUUCUAGUGGAUGUUAAUUUUUGUUGUGAUUCCCAUUUGAUAUUAAAGAUUUAAUAAUUCCUUAUUACCUCUAGCACAGUUAUUUUCACUUAAUGUCUUUUGUGCAUUUUCAGUUUGGUGUGUGUAUGUCUUUUCUGUGACAACAUUAGUGUGUGGGAAAGUUGUGGGAGGUGCAGGGUAUUUUUUGUGUGUGUGCGUGUGUGUGUGUGUGUGUGUGUGUGUGUGUGUGUAAAUCAUUUAUCAUGGCUUAGACUACUGCAGGAAGCUCUGUGAUAGGAGAAAUAAAAUGAGGGAAAUAAGUUUUGAUUGUUUUGGUUUCUAGACAGAGAUCAUCUCACAUGAUCUGAUGAAAUAUUAUCCCCUGUUCACCACACAUUCAUAAGGCAGAAAAACAACCUAUUAUUAAUCUGAUUUUCACAACCCGGUGAGGAAAAAAGAGCUCAAUUUAUUCACUGUUAAUACUUUAAUUAAGAGUGAGCAAAACAUCAUCAGGAAUACUGUUAAGAAUGUAAAAUAGUUUUUAUUUGUUUGACACCUUUCUGGGUUACUACGUAAUUUCACAUGUUA